AUGGAAAAUAAAAAUAACUUUGAAUUUAAAAAAGUUGAGCAUAUGAAUUUAGAUUGCUUUAAAAUACCAAAAUUUUUUGAAGAAAUUUUAUCAGAAUUCAUAGCAAAAUUAUUAAGAUACCAUCCCAAUAAUGUAUAUCUUUUUUCCUUUAAUUAUUUCAAUGAUAAAUUAAACAAUUUGGAAUGA